AUGCUUCUACAUAAACACUCAGUAUAUAGUAUUCACCGUGAAUCAGAUGAUCAUUUGUAUCAAUGUUAUCGUACUGUAACAGAUUUUAUUAAAAGAUUCAUCAAUCACAUAAUGCUAAAUGCGUUCAAAAUAAUCGAUAACUUGGGUGAUCUUACUUCUGAUGAUGUAACCGGUAUGACUACGCGAAAAUUAGGUUGCUUCGGUAACGAAUGGGCUACCUGUGGUUGCUUCAAUGCACGAAAUGGGCUAGAAACUGUGAUAAAUGAAAUGGAAUCAUGGAAUGCAUUAUCAGCUUUGAAGGAUUGGAUGUUCCAUGUUAAUUUUAUGGGCCUUCGACGUAAAAAUUGUGUUGAAAUUUAUAUGUAUCAAGUUCUUUGGAGUGUACCUACUCCAGCAUAUCCCGAACCUCAAGUCACAGUCAGUGUACAUUUCUAUAUAGCAACAAGUCACAUUUAUCCAUCUCAUUUUCCCGUCGAUGUUUCAUACGUUUUCGAAGGACAUCAGUUUACACAUACUUUAAAUAUGAUUUUCAGACCUAAAUGGCUUUAUGAUAUUUUAGAUAUGAAAACAAUGAUGUUCAAGACUUUCAAUUUUUAA